GGCAAAGGUCAAAGGGAGCGGAGGCGGAACUGAACCAAAACCAAACUUUUCUGGUUUGCACAAAUGUGAUAAGACUUUAGCUACUGUUGUUAUGUUAUUCAAGUCACUAGUAGGGAGUGCCUGCACUCUAUUAGGAGCUGCGACAGCCUUAAAAUUCGCUCCGGUGGAAGUCAAGGCCCAGGCAGCCGCCCUCCUUCAUAGUGUGGUAAGGAAAUCUAAUCUGGUGGAGCAAGCAAACAUGAGGAUUGAACUGCUCCCUGCGCUGUCUGACAACUACAUGUACCUACUGAUCGAUGUGGACUCCAGAGAAGCAGCUGUUGUAGACCCCGUGGAGCCAAUAAAGGUCUGUUCAGUCACUGUAUCAUAUUAAGUAAUGUUAAACCAGUUGACAACACUUUAACACCACUGGGAUCAUGCCGGUGGAAAUGAGAAGAUGUUGAAACUAAUGCCAGGUCUGAAGGUCUAUGGAGGGGAUGACAGAGUUGAUGCCAUUACAAAGAAAGUUUCUCAUUCCAACACUUUCAAAGUUGGCUCACUCCAUGUUAAAUGCCUUUCUACUCCUUGUCACACGACUGGUCACAUUUGUUACUACGUGACCAAAGAAAACAGCACUGAACCACCAGCUGUCUUUACAGGGGAUACUCUGUUUGUGGCUGGCUGUGGGAAAUUUUUUGAGGGUACAGCAGAGCAGAUGCACAAAGCCUUGAUAGAAAUUCUGGGGCGCCUUCCUCCUGAAACGCAUGUCUAUUGUGGUCACGAGUACACCGUCAACAAUCUGAAAUUUGCACGUCAUGUGGAACCGCACAAUGAAGUAAUUCAGAAGAAGUUGGCCUGGGCAAAGGAGAAGUGCAGCAACGGAGAACCAACUAUUCCGUCCACUCUGGCAGAUGAAUUCACAUUUAACCCCUUUAUGAGAGUAAAAGAGCCGUCCGUUCAAGAGCAUGUGAAGCAGACAGACCCUAUCGAGACCAUGAGAAGUCUUCGGAAGGAAAAAGAUAAUUUCCGAGUGCCCAAGGAGUGAAAGCCCUGUGCACCAGAGUUGGCAUUUCAACUGAUUACAACACUGCAAGCUGUCAAUUAUAUACUCAAAGAAAUACCUGCAACUAAUCUGUAAACCAACUGAAAAACUGCACAUCCAUUGCGUUGACUUCAACUCAAGGUCCAUUUUUUUUUCUUUUACAGUGUUCAGCAUAACAUAUUAGACUAUAAAUCUAUAAAUAAGUCAUUAUUUUAGAUAUAUUUAAGUUUUUUGGGUUGGCAGUUUUAAGGAAUAAAUGGCCAUUAUUUGAAUGUUAUAAAAUGAGGAAAAAUGUAGUUAUUGUGUAAAUGUAUCAGAAAAGUUAUUUAGUCUUAUGCUUUAAUAUAUUGAUGUUCAAACUACUGUUUCACUCAGCGUUUAAACAUUUAACAAGACGAGGACCACAUGAGUAACAAAUGUUGGCGUCUGUGGACACUUUCUGUGAGUUGGUUUAAUAAUAGGUAAUCAUUUCUUCGCCUGCAAAGAUUUGUAUCAAUGUUUCUUCAUGUCAUUUAUUUUCACGCUUGCUUAAAAGAUGCUAGUUUGGUUGUUUAUGUGCAAAAUACAGCAUAGCUGCCUUUACAUAUAAGUAAUCAAAGUGAUCUGUGAGCUCAGCCUUGUCUACCUGUUGUGUCAGCAUUGUUAGAAACCCCAAAUCAUGUUUUGCUCGCAAAGUAAAAUCUUUCAAGGACUAUUGCAUGAAGCAAUUUGGAAAAAGCAAUAAAGCACAUUUGUUUCAGUAGGUUCACACAAAA